AUGGCACCAUCGUCACUGCACGGCCUCAACGUCGUCCACCCUCCUCACACCUCCUCUGGCGCACAGGACCUUUUGCCUGGUCCUUCAUUCCACGACUCUGAACUCUACUGGAAGAAUAUCAAUUUCGACGACGAAGAACCCCUCUUCGAUGAAAAACGCCCAUCCACAGACUCGCUCCAUGAUUCUCAUGGCGAGGAUAACCACUCUAUCGAAUCGGGUCUCCCACAGGCUCAUGCCCAGGGAAUGAACGUCCCCAACCUCCUCCCGCAAAACACCUACGACUUGGCAGAAUUACUAGCCUCGUAUGGACGUGUCGCCCAAAACAAUCAACCCUCCCUCUCCAUCGUGCAGAUGUUGGCCGCAGCCCAAGGCCCCAACUUUGCUCUGCCUCAGCAGCCCGCCGAACCAUCUUCCGGCAAAUCGGCUGCUUACGAUACCCCUCCGGCCGCCAAGCGGUCUCGAACACGCAAGUCUUCGAUCUCAUCGUCUCCAGAAGUUCAGUCUCCGGAGGAUUCUGUCGAGUCCUCUCUGAGCGUGGCAGAGGACAAGCGGCGGAGGAACACGGCCGCAUCGGCCCGCUUCAGGCUGAAGAAGAAGGAGCGUGAGGCCGCGCUCGAGACACGGGCGAAAGAGUUGGAAUCACGGGUCGGAGAGUUAGAACGGGAAUGCGAGGGUCUCCGGAGAGAGAACGGAUGGCUCAAGGGUCUCGUGGUUGGUGUUACCAGUGGUGUUCCCGCAGCCGGCCCAGCGCAAUUGGGGAUCAAGAGAGUGCGAGAGGAAGAAGAUGCGUAG